GCCUCCAUCUUUGUGCCGCCGGAGUCCGGCGCCGUGGGCGGUUGUGGGAGAGGCGGGCCGUCGGUGCCACCGCGCCGUUCCUUGCUCCGCGGCCUGGCGUGUCGCCGCCCGGAGCCGCGAUGCCUCAGUUCCAGACCUGGGAGGAGUUCAGCCGCGCGGCCGAGAAGCUCUACCUCGCCGACCCCAUGAAGGUACGUGUGGUUCUCAAAUACAGGCAUGUUGAUGGGAAUUUGUGUGUCAAAGUAACAGAUGAUUUAGUUUGUUUGAUGUACAGAACAGACCAAGCUCAAGACGUCAAGAAGAUUGAGAAAUUCCACAGUCAGCUAAUGCGACUUAUGGUGGCCAAGGAAUCCCGCAGCGUCUCCAUGGAAACAGAGUGACUGGUUGGAAGUGGAGACUGUUUGUUAUGUUCUUGGGAAGUAAAUAGCUUUUGAAACCGAGAAAGCGUUGGGAAGAAAAUAUUUAUGUAACUGAGCUGUCAAGCUGAGGGACCAGCCUGUGUUCUAAGGUUUGCUUUAGAGUAGGAAUGUCAGUUUUUCAGUUAAAAAAACCUUUAUUUUUGGAAACUGAAUAAGAAAUACCUUAGAAACUUUUUGCAGAUCAUUUGCUGUUGGGCAAAUAUAUAAUUUUUCUGGUAAAUUCAUGUCAGUAAUUUAUAACAAGAAAAGUUAGUUUCUUCUAGAUGGUGUUUGUUUAAGAGGAAAUAAAAUGUAACCUUUUGCUGCA